GUCAGUUCGUGAAAGUAGGAACGAUAAGAGAUAAUAAGACCCAAUAACUAUUAUAAUUACAAGUGCAUUGCAUUACAUACGUAAAGCAUUUUUAUCAAACUGCCCUUAUAAUCUUCCUACUGCAAUUCUAGUAAAAUGGGUUUAAUAGGAGGACAAUCAACUUUCAGCAACUUCCGGUCAGGGUGGUGAUGUGACGUGUAUCACAACAUAUUGUGGAAAGUAAAUUACUUUUGCAUGGCAAAAUGAUUAGGCUGCUUUUCACGUUGUGUUUUGCCUUAUCGGUGCUGCUCAAUGAGUAUACGUAUGGUUUGUAUUUUCACAUUGCGGAAGCAGAACGAAAAUGCUUCAUAGAAGAAAUACCAGAUGAGACGACAGUUAUAGUCAAUUACAAAGUGGAAUUGUUUGAUCCUCGAAGUGGAGGAUUUAUGCCCUCUAGUCCUGGAAUUGGUAUGCAUGUAGAGGCUCGGGAUCCUGAUGACAAACCAAUACUCUCAAGGGUGUACAGUUCGGAAGGCAGAAUUUCAUUCACUUCGCAGACUCCUGGUGAGCACGUCAUCUGCUUGUAUUCAAAUAGUUCAAGCUGGUUCAGUGGAUCGCAGCUGCGAGUGCAUUUAGAUAUCCAAGUGGGUGAGCAUGCAAUAGAUUAUGCCAAUGUGGCCCACAAAGAAAAGUUGUCUGAAAUCCAGCUGAGGGUACGUCAGUUGCUGGAUCAAGUUGAGCAGAUUACCAAGGAGCAAAACUAUCAGCGGUAUCGUGAAGAAAGAUUCCGGCAGACAAGUGAGAGCACCAACCAAAGAGUGCUGUGGUGGUCUGUCACUCAGACCUGCCUACUCUUGGGCAUGGGUGCAUGGCAGAUGCGGCACUUAAAGAAGUUCUUUGAGGCAAAGAAGCUGGUUUGAAAAUGUUUGACAGCAGAUUGGUGUGCAUGGUGCCAGAAUGUCCAGUGACAAGUCUGUUUUCUAUGAGAAAUACCCUUCACAAUGAUGAUAACAUGUUUUGUUAAAUAAAUUAAACACAAAAAAAACUGAAUUGUUAAUUCCGUAUUGUAAAAAGUGUUCAUUACAUUAAGAGUCAUUAAAUUAUUCAUUUUCACAU